AUAGAAAAUAUGUUUUGAAAAGUAAGCUUAAAAUGUACAAAGAUGUACAAGUAGCUCAGUCUUGAACCACACAGUAACAUCAUGGUACUGUUGUCACUGUGCCCAUAUUGUACUGUACAUGUAUUACUUCUCACCUUUCUAUGCCCUCUUACUUAACUUUGACCUGGGACGAAGGUUUACAGCAACCCCUUGUACCAGUUCAUGCUGUAACUUGACCUGUGUAUAUUUAUUGGUCAUGGUGGUAUGGAAAGACAAAGGAGAAUUGUGUAAAUGCAGUCAUGCAUUCAGCACUGAGUGUGGUUAUCUGAACAGUGCUUGGUUACUGACUGGAUACAAGGUGGUUACCGUAGAAGUCAUCAUAACUACAGGGAUUAGGACAAAGGACUGCUGAACCAGCCUGGUGUGGCUUAGCACUCAAAGCAUCAGAAGGCAACAAGAAAUAUGACUGGGAACAGUACAGGAACAUUCUGGAAUGUACCAGACACCAAAGAACAAAUUGAAAAUUAGACUCAUCCAAAAAAUGGUAACCAUGGUAGACAAACGAUACUCAGGGGCUCAGAGGAAAGCAUGGUUUUAAGAAUAAAGUGAUUCAGAGGCUGGAGAAGAAGACCAAAGCAUCAUGGGACGGAGCACAAGCGACAGUCAUCAGCGGAAGUUGCAGCUGUUCCACCGCAAGUCCAAAAUCCUGCUGAAUGACUUGGAGAGAGACUACCUGCAUGACAUUCUCAAGCAGUAUGAAGUGUACAAGGAUGUUAAGAGACUCAUGCUACGCCUCGUGGACAUCCUGGACACGCCAGCCAAGUUAGACCUCUUGGUGGAGAUCCGAGGUCUCAUUCCCAAGGUGCACCUGGCCCAGUUUGACUGGCUGGCACCCUAUGCCAAGAUGGCACACCCAGUCAUCCUGACCAGCACUAACCACGGCAGGUCUAGUGCCAACGGGAGUGUCAAACACCUUCGCAAGAGUCGCAGUGAUGGCUCAGUCAGAGGCACUAAAGGUUUCCAUGACAACCCGACCACCGCUGUUCGCAUGGUAACUAUCGACAAGGACAGGGAGGCACUAGGAAUCAGCAUUCGAGGAGGGUCUGAGAAAGGCCAAGGGAUCUUCAUCAGCACUGUGGAGCCUGGCUCUGUGGAAGAAUUGCUUGGAUUAAGCCCCGGGGACCAGAUCCUGGAGGUUAACAACAUCAGCUUUGACAACAUCAGCAGCAGCAGUGCGAGCAUGGUGCUGCAGGGGAGCAGCCGGCUCAGGCUGAAGGUGAAGCAGUCCGGCUGGGUACAGGGACACCGCAUUGCCAAGGAGAAGACAACCUGGUUUGACACUGUACGAAGGAAGAUAGUCGCUGGAGAGUUCAACGACGUGGACCCUUCCCACGCUGCCAUGGGAGGCACGCGGCUGCUCAGCGGAGGUGACGAGAGGCGAGUCAUCAUCACCCCAUCGCCACGGCGAUGCAUUGGCUUCAACAUCCGGGGAGGGAUGGAGUAUGGUGUGGGCAUUUACGUAUCCAAAGUUGACAAGGGUGGGCUAGCAGAGGCCCACGGCAUCUCUGUGGGUGAUCAGAUUAUUGAUGUGAAUGGAGUGUCGACAGAGAGCGCCACCCACGCCCAGGCGGUGCAGCUGAUACGCAACCAGCCGUGUCUGAUCAUGACCAUUCGGAGUGUCAACCGGUACCCGGCCUACAAGGAACUAUGUGAGGACUACGGAUGGGCAGACAGGGAUACCCAACACAAACGGCGACACAGUUCCUCACCCACUUCAGGCACAACGCCCCUGACCCACACAGAACUCAUUGACGCUAUCCCAGUGGAGGUAGCUGAACAGUACACCCAGACGCAUGCACACAACGAGAGCAACAACUGGGCACCCAACCAAUCAAUUACCAUGUCACCUACCCCAAUCCCAAAGUCAUCCAGGUCGUCAGUAGCAACAGAAACAACAUCCCUAAUACAGAAGCACGUGCCUCUACCAUCCCAAGAACAAAAGUCUGCGGUGGAGCCUAAGCAGGCCAGUGACAGAGCAAGUAGCCCAUCCCGGUCUGGAAACCAGACUAUCAUGGGUACCACUGCACUGACCAAUGACAAGAGAAUUGGACGGUCGCAUAGCAUGAAAUUCCCUGGAGAGAAAGAGUUGCCAGUGUUUGAGAAGGAGAUGCAGGGAAAAGAAAGUCGGCGAGUACAGAGGAACCGCACAUUCAGGGAGAUCCUCUUUGGUAUGAAGAUGAAGAGCAGAGACAAGAAGGAGAAGGCAGAGAGGCAAAGGGACAAAAAAGCCGCUGACAAUCCAAAGCGCAUCAAAAAGAGAUACCCCUCAGCAGCAGCGUAUGCCAGUCUGAACAAGAAACCUUCAGUGGAGCAGCAACAGGUUGGCGGUAAUGUUAACCAGUCAGAGGUUAUGACAGCUAGCUGGGCCACAAGAAGGCCUAACGAAAGAGAGUCUGUCGCAAACUCCAAUCCAGGCAGUAUUGCUCGCCGUCGCAGUUCCAGUCCAGUCAGUACUUUCCUCCCUCAGCAAGUGACCACUGCAGACGCCCAGCAGCCAACAACAACUGCAUUCAUGCAUGGCGCAGGCACUCAGCUCAUGUACUCAGAGGCUUGCUAUGCCAGCGCCAUGAACGUCCUGGAGGACAUGGCCAAGAAGCUGCUGAAUGAGGACGAACGAGCGGCCAUCAUGAGGCACGUCCGAUGGUACCACCAGGAGGGUCGCAUUGAGAACCUAGUCUUACCCAUCCUGGCCAUUCUCGACAAGCCAGAGAAAGUUCUGCUACUGAGGGAGGUCCGUGGCGUGGUGGCCCCCUCAGACCUGGGCCGCUUUGACAGCAUGGUGUCCAGGAGGGAACUCCAGGCAUAUGAACAGCUGCAGUUUGGACGGAAAGAUCUGUCACAGCCACUGAAUUCCAUGAGGCGAAAUUCAGUUGGCAAGCCAAGGAAGACAAUAUUGGAGCCUAAACCAGAUCAAGAGGGAAAGUUCCUCUUGCAGACCCAGGAAGACAUUGAGCAGGACAGGCGUCGACAACAUGAGCUGGAGGAACUACGGAGGGAGAAUCAAAGUAAGAAGUCCGGCUACAUUGACCAGGGGAAAGGUGAAGGUGAGGAGUCAGGAACUGAGGAUGACAACUCUCUGCACAACAGUGACAUUGCUAUGUCAAUGUUCGACAACCCUGGCAAGAGUAAUUUUGCAGAGCCUGAAAUGAAGACUGGAUCGCCCGACUUUAAGGAGGGCAGCAAGACCUCAAAUGCAUCUCUAGCUUCGACUGGAGAAGAGAGCGAUGUUGUUGUUGCGGUCCGAGAGAGCAUCGUCGAGAAAUUGCCUGUCACCUUGGACAAGCAUCAGCAGAGUACAUCAGAGGAACAGAAUUUAGGAGUGGCACUGAAGGAAGGAGGCGAAGAGAAUUCUGCAUUGGGAAGCACAGAGAAGGAUGGAAAGAGAGCAACGGAUUGGUCCGAUGAGAAUUUGCUACCCAUAGUUCUUGUGCAAGAUGAAGUGAAGGAAGAGGAGAAAGAGAGAUGGGUGCUGCCCAGGAUUGAGGACGACACCUUGGAGACUGAUGAUGUCUCGCCCCAAGCCCCUAUGGUCUAUGAUGCUGAGAUAUAUGGACUUGAUGGAAGUGAGGACGGUGAGGAGGUUGACCUUCCCAAGUUUGAAGAUGGGUCUUCAGACAGUGAUGCUGACAGCAGUGCUCCUGAGGACUCUCUCAAGCCCAACAAGAGCGGCUUGUACAGUCUGAUCCAGACAAACAGUGACUCCAGACGAGGUGUUGCUACCAACUCCACAGCGACGUCCCCGGCAUGGUCCUCACCGGAUGCUUUCUCCCCUGUCAGUGAGAUGACCCUGCCACCCACGCCCACAUCCUCAGUAGGCAGUCCAUUGUCUCCAGCUGUCCCCAAGACCCCUCCCAACACGGUUCGCUCCCCACUCAUCCCGUCCAGCAACGAGUCAGCAUCAGGGACCUAUGACGCGCCAGUUGCUGAGGAGCCGAUCUAUGCUAAAGUGGAUCUGAGCCGGAAGAAAUCAAAGCAGCCAGUCAAGGACAGUCUGUCAGUGGAGGGGUCAGUGGAUGGGUCUCAUGAUAGUGCAGACAGCGAUCGUCGCAGCCCAUUCAGAGUGACCUUUACUGAGUACAGAGGUUCUCCCGUGCCAUCCAGAAAGGGCAUUUUGAAGAACAGUUUCCGCGAAGAUGAGGCUCCCUCGGUAGAGAAGCGACGAGCCAACAGUGACUACAUGGAUAUUGAGGACAUCAACCUGGGUGAGCCAGCGCCAUUCCAGGAGAUUGAUGCUGAGAUGAAAAGCCGCAUGGCCUCCUCACCCGGCACUGCCCAGGCUGAGGACAAAACAGUGGAACAACUCAAGACUGGAAUGGAGACUAUGACGGUCACCUUGAGCAAAAGCAGGCCCUCAUUGGGCAUCAGUGUUUCUGGAGGACGGGAUAGCAAGCACCAGCCCGAGGUCAGAAUUGAUCGUGUAUUUCCAGGGGGAGCAGCAUCAGACAACGGAAUCCUUCAGGCUGGUUGCGAGGUGCUUUUCGUGGACGGGGACUCCCUCCAGGAUGUGACCCACCCGCAGGCUGUGGACAUCAUCAGGAAAGCCUACCAUGACAAGAACCGAGGGACUAUAGAGUUUGUGGUCAAGCAGCCCUUGGAGAUGGACACACACCUCUGACGAGGGUCCAAAGACCAAGGUCAACCGUGGUGAAACUUAUGAGAUUGCGAGAUUAAUCAAUAAGUGCCAAGGUUUCAACAGGCUGAACAUGGAGGUCAUUGGGAAGGCCGGUCACAAGUUCACAACCAAAAAAUUUGAUUGCAGAGUGUGUGGUUAAGCAACCGGCAGAGAUGGAUACACCUCUGAAUAAAGAGUCUUUACAUGUAAACCUCAGACACCAAGCAAGUCUAUCACAGCAGGAGCAAGUCCGGGUGAGGCAGUCUUGAGAUUAUUGCAAAGUCUGCAUGCACUAGAGACGGCACACUCCAAAGAAAAAAAAUGGGUUGCCAGCAUGCGCAAAACCCACAGCAAGAUUCCUUGCUGACCAAGCAUAGAAUUUCUGUACUAGCACUGUAUUUUACAUAAUGCCCAAGGGCAGAAUUCUGUGGUUUCACAGCUGUAGCAUGGAGCCCCAUUGUUUUCCGGAUUUCUUGCAGUGAGUGAUGUUAAGCUGUAUACACCAUGAUGUGGGUAUAUUAAUACUAGUACUAGAGUGGUUCAUAUGGAAUUAGGAGUUAUUAAUGAUAUAUACGUGUAGUACAUGACCAAAGAAUUAUGCUGCUUAAUUUUAAGUAGUUUUUUUUUUGUUUGCAACUGGUGUUAAUUUUUCCUUCUGUAACAAAAUCUAGAAAGCAGAAUUUGAAGAAGUGGUACCAUUCUUGACUGUAUACACAUUAAAUUCCUCUGACCAAUAAGCUUCAUUCAUGCGAUGGACAUUUUGGAAAGUGCUCCCCGAAUCCAUUUCAUUUAUAGACCUAAAAAUGAUGUCAUGCUUUGUCGACGUGCACUUUCUUAUAGGAGCUUGAUGGAUAAGUCCCACCUCACUGCCGUAGGGAAGUGCACAUGUAGCAAAGUGUGACGUCACCAUAUUACCAGUCUGUUGAGCGCUCUGAAAUGGGGAAGUCUAUUUUGCUGUGAUUACAGGUGAAACCUCACUUUGAAAAAUGUUUUUCUGUGAAAAAAAUAAGGUGACCUUACUUCUUAUCCACUUUUUAACUACCCAUUAGAGCACAAGGAUGGUAUCUUAUAAUUUGUCCCAGUUGAAUUAUCUUUGUCCCCGUGCAUAUUAAUUUUUGGGGGGGAAAAUUUAUAGAGAUCUCAUAUUCAAUUCAAGAUGGCAGAAAUAUGAAUAAGGCCAAUCAGGAACAAAAGAGGGCGUGUUUAGAAAUGAAAUUGACAGUCAUUUGGUAUGCAUUCACUGUAUAGGUGUGCAAGUUUAUGCUCGUUUGACGUGGAGCAUGCUGAGUAUGCGCAACAAAUGUAGUUGGGAACAUAUUGUCUUUGCAAGCACACAAAACACAUGCUAGUACCCGGUUGGAAAACUUGGUACCAGCUGCUGUUCUUUCGCUGGUGAGGGUGCACUUCAGCUCAGGGUGGAUAGGGUUAUACAACUUGCUGUAAUACAUCUGAGUCUCAUGAUUAUAAAGAAUAUUAGUGACAUGCAUGACUGUAAUGCCACCUCAGUCAUGGCAUCUCUUUAAGAUUUUGUCUUUACAUUGACUCUAGAAAUGGGAUGAUUGUUGCUUUCAUUUGUUAUAACAUGAAUAAUUUAUUCUACAGAAUUCUUUUUGGCAAAGUGCACGCUGCAAGUUUACAUUCUUUGGUAAAAUUGGGGUUUUGAAGGCACAGAGGAAAAUUUAUAGCUGCAUUUCCAUCAAGAGUUUUAUGGAGCAGUUUAGCCAAAUCUUUCAAAUAUGGCUAUUUUCCAAUGAUGAAAUUUUUGAAGAAAAAUAUACUUGUUCCCGUUUCUACAUUUUGGUAUUCUUUACCACAGUAGCAUUACUAUGAUGGCUCAAUUCUUAAAUGCCUUUGUAUACAACUUGGAAAAACUAUUUGAAAUAUAUAAAUACAUGUAUAGAUAUCUAAACUGAAGUUUUUACAAGGUUUGCCGUAUGAUACUUGUGUGUGGUAUUUUCUCAUAGUAUUUUUGUACUCGGGAUGUCUUAACACUUUCUUAUCAAGCCUGGCAGUCUUUCACUGACCUAGUUCUUUCAUGAAAGUAUUUGGUAUUCAGAAAUGCUGUUCUUUAAUUGUAGUCAGAUUGUGUUCGAAUGUUUUUAUGUACAGUAUAAUAUGUGUGAAAUUGUCGACCCAAUGCACGUUUGGAAAGGGUCAACAAAUUUCGUGCGUUAUGAUUGGCCAACGUGUUGCAAACUCUUGGUGGCGCACUAUCGUAAAUCGCACGUAUUCUUAUUAAUUUUCAAAGUACUGUAUGUGUAAUCUUCUUUUUUUAAAUUCAAAUUCCAAGAAAAUGUUUUAGGUGUACAUAGUGUUGUCAGGAUGCCUUUUCAGAUGUUGGAUAUAUAUCUGUGUCUGUUAACUAAUUUUUCCUAUGCUAUGCUGAGAUGAAUCCCAAACAUUAUGCCCCAGGUAUUUCAUGAGAUACACAUAUGAAAAUGUGUCUUUAACCAAAAUGGUCUCGACCUCAAUCCCAUAGAAAAACUGCAAGGAUGCUGGAUGAUCCAUAGAACAAACCAGACAUCAAGCAGGCCACUGUUGUCUUGAAUCCACGACCCGAGAUUCCUAUUGACGAUAUAUUGACUCGUUGCUUGCAGGACCAAUCACUAAUCUUUAAAAUACACAUAUCAUGAAAAUACCUGUUUUUUAUUUCAACUUCUAAGAUCCAAAUGGAAGCAUAUGUUUUUUUUCUACAGUUUGGCCAGUUGUUUUUACAGUGGUGGAGAGCCCACUCACAUACUUGAUUUGAAAACAACAAUGGGUUUGGAAUCCCAUCAUUCCAAGAAUGAGAUGAUUAAAAUCAAUUGGAAGAAAAGCUUCCAUUCCCCUUAAUGUUGAGCAUAUAAUCUGUAUGGAAUGUACAGCAUAAAAAUUGGAAUAUUAAAAGAUGCAAACAAAAUCCAUCUUUCUGAUGAGGACAAAAGCUGAACUUCUUGAGAUUGAGGAAACACUGAAAAACUGGCAUUAACUUUCUGCUAACAUGUAACAACAUCUUAAACGUAAUCAACUAUCACUUUUUGAUAAACUAUCCACAUCAGUAGAACAAGUACAAUGAAUGUGUGAUAUACAUUUACAGUGAUUUCUUAGUAUGAUACAUAAAUUCCUUUCGGUGUUCUUGGAUAUAUCAGGAAUAAAACAUACUUUUUCAACAAGAAAA